AUGUCUGUUCGAAACCUUACCAAUAAUCGUAAUUCCAACAGUAGGAAUAGUAUUGCAGAAAGUGAAAAUUCCUUCUAUUCCUCGAACGGUCAAUCAAGGGAAAGCUCGUCGGUGGACCCCACAGACGAUCGCCAUGUUAGUGGAAGCGGUAACCCUUUUCUUGGAAGUGAAGAGUUCGAUGAAGACUAUAUCCCGCCCAGUGAGGAUGAGCAGAACAAAGCACGUGAAUAUUCCACUUCUUCAUCUGUGAACUACAAUAAUGACCCGAACAGCGAUACCUCUCUGCUUGCUAGUGAAAAACAUUCUCCUGUAAGGAAUGAUCGAAGAAUGUCUGACUAUAAAGGUUAUUACGCCAAGAAUAAUUUAACGUCCGCUAAUAACUUCAACAAUCACAACAGCAAUGACAAUAACAAUAACAACAAUAAUAAUAUCAUAAGCAGUAGUAACGAAAAUAGCUUUGCAUCACAUUUACAACUGCCGGACAGACACUUGCCGUCUCAUCCAUCCUCCAAUAACAUGAGUACGUUUUCCAAUAAUAGCCUGAUCAAGUCCCCACCACCUUUUGAUAGGUACCCAUUAGUAGGCACGAGGCAUACUCCAAUGGCACAAUCUCAAUCACAAAACCUUAUCAAUGAAAAGAAAAGAGCGAAUAUGACUGGUUCAUCUUCUUCUGCUCAUGACUCUUCGUUAUCUUCCACUAAUUUAUUCUUGGGUGAACAAGAUUUUUCACCCUUUGGUGGUUAUCCAGCAUCAUUUUUUCCGUUGACUUUAGAUGAGAAAGAAGAUGACGACUAUAUUCACAAUCCAAAUGAUGAGGAAGAAGCAAGACUAGAUAAAAGACGAUUUAUUGAAGAUUUUAAACAUAUGGACAGAAGAUCCUUCCUCGGUCUUUUAGGUAUCCUAUUCUUGUUUAUGGCUGCUGUAGUCGUAUUCAUUGUUUUACCUGCCAUUACAUUUUCUGGGGUUGUGUACCACGACCAUCAUCAUCCAGCGAGUACGAACAAUACCUCAUCUUCAAAUAGCACGUCAAAGUUGUUGACAGAGUACCAAUAUCCUAAACUUGCUGCCAUCAGAACAACUCUGGUUGAUCCAGAUACACCCGAUAGUGCCAGCACAAGAGAGGCCAAAGACGGAUCCAAAUGGGAGUUAGUCUUUUCCGAUGAAUUUAAUGCUGAUGGUAGAACAUUUUACGAUGGUGAUGAUCAAUUUUGGACAGCUCCUGACAUUCACUACGAUGCCACUAAGGAUCUUGAAUGGUAUUCGCCAGAUGCCGUUACAACUUCCAACGGUACUUUGACACUGAGAAUGGAUGCAUUCAAAAAUCACGGCCUUUACUACAGAUCUGGUAUGGUUCAAAGUUGGAAUAAAAUGUGUUUCACUGAAGGCGCUUUGGAAAUUUCUGCCAAUCUACCCAACUAUGGUCGUAUUUCAGGGCUGUGGCCUGGUAUGUGGACCAUGGGAAAUUUGGGUAGACCAGGUUAUUUGGCCAGCACUCAGGGCGUUUGGCCUUAUUCUUAUGAAGCAUGUGAUGGUGGUAUAACACCGAAUCAAAGUUCUCCUGACGGUAUUUCUUUUCUGCCGGGUCAGAAGCUAAGUGUUUGUACUUGUGAUGAUGAAGAUCACCCCAAUCAAGGUGUUGGUAGGGGAGCACCAGAAAUCGAUAUUUUAGAAGGUGAAGCUGACACGAUUUUAGGUGUUGGUGUGGCAUCUCAAUCUUUGCAAAUCGCUCCGUUUGAUAUUUGGUAUAUGCCGGAUUAUGAUUUCAUUGAGGUCUACAAUUUCACAACAACAACGAUGAACACAUAUGCUGGUGGUCCCUUUCAACAAGCCGUCUCUGCGAUUUCUACUUUAAAUGUUAGCUGGUACGAAUUCGGAGAGGAGGCCGGCUAUUUCCAAAAAUACGCUAUUGAAUAUCUCAAUGAUGACGAUGAUGGUUAUAUUCGUUGGUUUGUGGGAGAAAAUCCAACCUUCACUCUUUAUUCAACCUCUUUACAUCCUAAUGGUAAUAUUGACUGGAGAAGAAUUAGCAAAGAACCAAUGUCGGCCGUUAUGAAUCUGGGUAUCUCUAAUAAUUGGGCCUAUAUUGAUUGGCAAUACUUAUUUUUCCCGGUUACAAUGUCAAUAGACUACGUCAGAUUGUAUCAGCCUAAAGGCUCUAACUCGAUUACUUGCGAUCCAGAAGACUAUCCAACAUAUGAUUACAUACAGGAUCAUUUAGCUGCUUAUUAUAACCCCAAUUUGACAACUUGGGAGCAGGCUGGAUAUACUUUCCCGAAGAAUAUCUUGACGGGAGAUUGUAAAAGUUCGAAAUUUUCAUUGUCGUGA